AUGACGACUAGUAUUUUCAUAUUUCUUCUAUUGUUCACAAUUCAACACAUUCGAGCGGAUUGUCAGAAUGAAACAUCAGCAGAGUCAACAUUUGUCUAUCGACGCGUAUGUUAUUUUGCAAAUUGGGCUGCGAAGAGAUAUGAUAAUAUCAGUCGUUUAACUCCUGAGGAUAUCGAUCCGUUCUUAUGUACACAUAUCAAUUUUGCUUUCGGAAAAGUUUUAGAAAGUUUGAAUAUCGCACCGUACGAAGAAGAUGAUUUGAAAGGUUGGACAGCGAAUUCGAAGGGCAUGUACGAACGAAUAUUGAAAUUAAAAGAGGCCAAUCCUGAUCUUCGUGUCCUUCUCAGUGUGGGAGGAUGGACACAUGCAUCGCGCGGUUUUAAUGAAGUAUCGAAAAGUGCUGCAAAUAUAAAAACGUUUGUCAAGAAUAGUGUGAAAUUCCUACGUGAUAAUAAAUUUGAUGGAUUAGAUUUAGAUUGGGAAUAUCCAGGAGCGAAAGAUCAAGGUGCUGAACCUCAUUCAAAAACCGGUUACACAAAAUUAGUCAAAAAAUUAAGUCGAGUGUUCAAACGUGAAGCCGAACGAACGGGUCAAGAAAAACUUCUACUAACUUGUGCUACAGCUGCAGCGCGACAUCGGAUUGAAGCUGGUUAUGAAGUUGAAGAAGUUUGCAAAUAUUUUGAUUUCGUCUCCGUGAUGACUUAUGAUUAUCAUGGCAGCUGGGAUGGCAAAACCGGACAUAAUAGUCCAUUGUAUGCGAUGCGAAAUGAACGGAAGAAAUUUCGUGAAUGGAAUAUAAAUAGUUCAAUGCAUGUGUGGGAAGAGCUCGGUUGUCCGAAAGAGAAAUUGAAUAUUGGCCUUUCGGCUUAUGGACGAGCCUUUUCAUUAUUUGGAGAAACGGGUAUGAAUAAUGGUAAACCAAUCUCGAAGAAGAAAUCGUCGAUCGGCGUGAAAGCAAGUGCAGCUGAAGCAGGAAAAUACACUCGAGAAGCGGGAGUUUUAGCUUAUUACGAAAUAUGUGAAUUAUUACAAAAUAAUCCAAGUAAUCGUGUAUUUUGGCAUCGACAGAUGAGUGUACCCUAUGUUGCAAGUAAAAGUUUAUGGAUUGGCUUCGAUAACGUUCGUAGUGUCACACUCAAAAUGCAAUUCUUGAAAGAACAUGGAUAUGGCGGUGUGAUCAUUUGGUCUCUCGAUCUUGAUGAUAAAACAGGCGAAACUUGUCAUGAAGGACCCUUUCCGAUUUUUAAUGCAGCAAAGCGCGAAUUAUUGAUUUUACCUGAACAUCUUGCAGAUAGAAAUAAGAAAUGUUCAGAUGAGAAUGUCACUGUCACAAGUGAACAUCUUCAUUCGAAAACGACUCAAGUAAAACACAAUAUUUUCUUUCUGUUUUACCUGAUGGGAGAUGAUUUACUUGCAUAUCGAGAUCGAAUUUCUCUUGCUCUUUGUGCUAAUCGACACGAAGACAUCAUCACCAUGUCGAAAACUUAUUUAACAACCUUUCGCGAUAUUCCUCCGAAUGAUCGUCAAAUGCUUUACUCAACUUACCAGAAACUUAUUCUUGAUUUCAACUUCAAAUCGUAUUGGAAAUUGAUUUCGACAGGAUUAAAAGAUAAGAUCGAACUGAAAUACUUGGAAUCGAUUGAAAACAAAAUCGAUUAUCUUUGUAAUGAUAUUGUUGAAAUGAUCGAUAAUUAUUUCCUCGCAUCGAAACUCAAUGAAGAUUUAGACAUUAUUUACACAUUGCGACAACGUGCAGAUUUUCUUUUCUUUAAUUCUUCGAUUGCAAGACCAGCGACAAAACAAAUUAUCCUUCAAUCGGCUUUGCGUUCAUACACAGAAGGUGUCGAACGAUCACGUUUAACAUUAGCAAUCAAUGAACCUGAACGAGUGUUAAUUCAACUUCGUAAAUGUGCUUGUGAAGUACAAUUAUCCAAUGGAAGUUGUUCUUCGGAAACAUAUUUCGAAUUAGUUAAUGAAAUUCAACAAAUGAAAUCUUCCUCAAUAUCAUGUGAUCCACAACUUAUCGGACAAAUGGAAUCUUAUCGUUUAGAAUUAGACAAACUUCGAUGUAAAUAA